AUGUGUGGACUUUCUCAAGCUCGUUUGUGCGAGGAGGAUCAAGGAGCCUGGCUCAAGGAUCACCCCUUUGGGUUUGUCGCACGCCCCUGCAAGAAUGCAAAUGGCAAGGCUGGCACCAUCCGGGAGGGUGGCCUGUACAAGCUUCGCAUGAUCUUCGAAGACGACUAUCCAUGUGCACCGCCAAAGUGUCAAUUCAUGCCGCCGCUCUUUCACCCAAACAUCUAUUCAUCGGGCACUGUGUGCCUGUCGCUGCUUGAUGAGGCCAAGGACUGGCGCCCGUCCAUGACCAUUCGCCAGAUCCUGUUGGGCACCCAAGAGCUCUUGAAUGAGCCAAACGUCAAUGAUCCAGCCCAAGCCGAGGCUUAUAACAUUUAUACACGCAAUUUGCAGGAGUACAAGAAGCGCGUACGCGCACAGGCUCGUGCCAUGAAGCCUGGCAACUCACAAUAA